GGGAAGAGAAGGUCAGGAAGUUUUUGGCAGGUUGUUUCAAUUUAGAAUUAGAACAGAGCAGGGUAAGUGCCUCCUCUCAACCUGUAGGGCCCAAAGGAUCAAAGUAAAAGAGAGCCACAGAACUGUAUCUGAGCUGGAAUGAUUAUGAGUAGCCAACCAGUAAAGAUGCUUCUAGAAGAGGAGAGACUUCGUGGCUUCACAAGUGGUUGCUUCACAAAAGAGUAGCUACUGCAUCAGGUGGUGGCGAAUGUGGACUUCUCAGUGGUGAGCAGAAGAGCUCAGAGCAGGGGAUGAAUUUGUUCCCAGCAGGAGGGCAGCUACCUGCGGUUCCAGCUGUGUGAACUAAGAGACAGAAACUGCAGGUCAGUGGCCCAGAAGUUGAGCCACCCCAAACUGGAAGACUUUAUCCAACACCCAGCUGGAAGAAGAGGCUGAACAUCUGAACUCAGAUCGCAAGACCAACCUCCUAAACGGCUCCCAGGGAUGGAUUUGCUUCCUUUCCUUUUGGCUCUUCUUCAUGUGCACAAAGCUCUGUGUGCAGAGAUAUCCUGGGACUCGACUGUGAAACUGACCAAGCAGCUCAGUCUGGAGUGUGCGCACUUGCCGACACAGAUACUGACCCAGAUAGAAUGGCUCAAGCGCAAUGGCCAGAAGGAAGAGCGGAUUGCUAUUUUCAACCCUAUUUUGGGUCUGGAAAUUACGGCACCCUAUACUAAUAGGGUGUCCAUAAAAAACUCAAGUGAGGCUUCCAAUAUCAUCACCCUGAACUUUAACAACGCCUCCGACAUGGACGCCGGCCUCUAUACCUGCCGUUUAAACAUGUUCCCAGACGGGAGUGCGGAAAAAAUCAUACAGGUGGCCAAGACAGAUAAGUUUGAGAGCAUUGCACUACUGAAUGAGACCAUCCCUGAGCUAGUCACCGAAAGUGGACAAAAUAUCACACUCAACUACCAGUUUCAAAUGAAGGGGCCUGUGAAAACAGUCAUAUGGGAGAAGAUUCAGCCCCACCAGAUAGAUAUCUUAACAUCUUGUGACUUGCUGGAAGGGUCCCCUUACACCUCAAAGUACCAGAACAAAGUCUGGGCUACUUGUCGCCAAGGAAGCAGGGUGAGCAUCCUCUUCAUUCCCAAUGUCACUGUCUCCGAAUCUGCCAUUUACUGCUGCCUGGUGGAGGCCACUACAGGAGAGAAGGAAAGCUACAUGGUCAGGCUGAUCGUCUAUGGCCCUAAGCAUGAACCCAGUUACCUGCAGAACCUCUUGGUGGCAGGAGGGAUACUUCUGGUGGUUGCUAUCUUAAUUACCGUCAUUUGUGUCAUUUCUUAUUACGGAAGGAGGAAAUAUACAAAUGGCCUGUUUAAAGAGUCCUCUGGAAUGCAGAAUAAGAGAGCCAACAACUCCAGAAGUCCGGUCUCCUACAGACAAGCCAAGGACCACGCACAGGAUGAUAUUUAUGUGAACUACCCAACCAUGCCUCAAAAAACAAAAUCCAAAGUCUAAGCUGUUCCCAUGAUCUGAGUGCAUUAGGACCACUAUUUAAAAAAUGUUAUCUUGAAGUUGUACAAAAGAUGUGUCAUUUA